UGUUAACUUCUGUUCCUCAGCUUGCUGUCCAGAGUCUCAGUAAUUGACCAGCUCGCUGCUUUGAAGAUCAGAGCUCCCUCUAGAGGAAGAAGAAAACACUGCACUUCACAUGGAGUUACUGCAACCACAUGAUGCUGAAGAUAUAGUUUUCAAACAUGAAAAAGAUCACUUCAGAAUUCCGGCUCUUCUUUACAUUGAGAAAUGGAAGAAAUACCUGGCGUUUGCUGAGAGGCGCACCUCUACUGCAGAUCACCAUGCCAGGCGUCUGGUGAUGAGCACAGGCACCAGGGACACAGACGGAAAAGUGAAGUGGUCUUCCAUUACGAACUUGGAGAAAGCGACUAAAGCUGGCUACCGCAGCAUGAGCCCCUGUCCAGUCUUUGAGACAAACACAGGGACACUGUUUCUCUUCUUCAUCUGCAUUGAGGGCAGCAUCUCAGAGAACAGCCUCAAGCCAGAGCAAACCUGCUUGUGUUAUGUCACCACCCAGGAUGAGCAUUUGGGGGACGAGUCCUGGAGUAAAUUAAAAGAUGUGACUGAUGAUAUAGUGUUUGCUGAUAAUAAAAAGCUUUCAGAGUACCAAACCUUUGCAGUGGGACCAGGACACGGCAUUGAAGUGGGAGUGGGGACCAGCAAUGACACAAGGCUGCUGAUUCCAGCCUAUGUUAAAAUGAGCAAAGACGAAUGCCAUGCUUUGGUUUUCUACAGUGACGAUGGGGGAGAACACUGGCAGGCAGGAAAUCAGCUGUUUGAUAAGUCAGGUGAGUGUCAGGUGGCGCAGGUUCGAGGCGUUGAGGACACAGAGCUCUUCCUCUACUGCAACGCUUGCACGCUCGGUGGAGAAAAUGAGGAGGUUCCACGUUUGGAGGCACUUAGUGACGACACAGGGGCAAGUUUUACCAAACUGCAGAGUCUGUCUCUGAAGGAGACGCCCCACGGCUGUCAGGGCAGUGUGCUGGGCUUCCCUGCUACAGGCCUCGAUUCCCCCAACACAUGGCUGCUGUUCAGCCACCCGACCAAGGGGCUUGGGUGGACAAGGAGGGAUCUGGGCAUCUACCUGAGAAUGUCUCUUCAGGACGGGGGCAACAGGGACUGCAGACCCUGGGGUGAGCCCUUUAUCAUUCACCCGGGAAAAAGUGGCUACUCUGACCUGGCCCAGUGUGAGAAGAAGGAUCGCUUUGCCUGCCUGAUGGAGUGUGGAGAGGCCGACCCGCUACAGAUCGUCUUUAAGGAGUUUGCUCUCAGCGAGAUUCUCUCUUCUCCUGACAGCCAAUGCUGUGUUUGUGGCAGUUCCUGUUGUUGCUGCAAGUGCUGCAUCAUGUGA